AUGGCUACUGCAGCCCUUACUCCUACCGGUUCUCUCAACAAGGAAGGCAGCGUCAGGCAGCCCAUCGCUGAGAGCUGCAACGAGCUGUGCGCCCGGCAGUGCCCCGACUCGUCGGCCUUCAUCCAGCCGCCCCCCGUCGUCGUCACCUUCCCCGGCCCCAUCCUCAGCUCCUUCCCCCAGCAAGCCGUGGUGGGCUCGUCCGGAGCCCCCGCCUUUGGGGGCAACCUGGGGCUGGGGGGCCUCUAUGGCGCCGGGGCCACGCUGGGCUCAGGGGGCCUCUGCACCUUUGGCAGACCCUACGCUUCUCCUGCCUGCAGCCCUUGUGCCCUGCCCCGCUACAGCAGGAAGCUCUGGGACACCUGUGGGCCCUGCUAGACCCAGCCCAGCCCCAGGCACUGGCCCCAGCCCAAUCGCCAACACCACCCCCAUGCAGGGCUGAGCUGGCGGGCACGAGGCUCUGAGCAG